AUGGCUGCGCCUGAAUUUGAUGCGGCUCACCUUCUCCAAACAAUGUCCACAGAGUCAGGUGCUCAGGGUGCAGACGUCUCUGCCCCACCAUCUCCUCUCGCGCCGCCGUUCUAUCAACAUGGAGUGUGGCGGCACGAACGAUACGAGACACCGUACAGCCAGAGCUACGAUCCCUUCGUCUCGACACAACCACAGCACAUGAACAGCCAACCAUACCGUGAUCCGCACUUCGCGCGCUCCCCGUACGCCGUCUAUGGCGGGCCGCAGCCAUUGUACUUUCCGCCAUCAACGUUUUCUUAUGCAUCCCACCAGCCAAGGCUCCCUCCAGCUAUACGUAGCGGCCCCGUCGAUACGCCCGCGGUCUCAAGCAGGCCCACGGUUGGCGAGUUGUUCCCCAGACACGAUCCAUCUGCACCGCGUGGAACGCCGCAAUUCUUCCCCUCGUAUCACCUAGGCUAUCAAGGACUGUUGCACGCAGCGAUGGAUUACUCACCACACUCAAUAUCGGCCCGAACGGCUACGAUGCCAGAAGAUGCACCGAACCAGGUGUUCAGCGAGGGGCAGCCCACGCCAACGUUGAGGGGUGGAGGCGUCGAACAGUCUCGACAAAUGCAUCCGCUCCAUCAGAGACCAUCACCGUCAAACCAGCACCUACGACCGCUCCAGCGUCGGUCACACCAACCUGAUCCCAUCCUCUCGACCCGUAAUUCUGACGACACAGAAGGACAGGCACCGACGAACCCCACUGCGCAAGGCCGUCACUCAGACCGGCAUUCCUCUCCACGCACUUCGGCCCGUCGGAGUUUUGACAGAUACUCUUGGGAUCUACCGCAAUCUAGCACAUCGUCCGACGUGGAAGAGGCUGCGGCUCGCUCCCCUCCCUCCAGUCGCGUGAGGCACCGCCCGAGGGAAGGCCGGCCACGUUUCUUCCACCAGUACCUCGAUCCAAACCACUCCACCAGUCGUCAAGUUCAAGGACUUAAGACAAGCUUGCCUAAGCUGCUUGCAGGCGACCUGCCCAAAGACACAUGUCCAACUUGCGACAUCUGUGCAAAAGACUACGCUGCUGCCUCUGUGCAACCCUCGGAGGAGGAGGAAGUCGCCGUGCAGCUUCCUUGUGGGCACACUUUUGGCGAGUUUUGCAUUGCCCAAUGGGUACGUAAGUCCACGCACGAAACACGGUGAAGCUGACUUGACUCCAGUUUGACACCUGCAAGACGCACAAGAACAAGGUCACCUGUCCGAUGUGCCGCAAGGUUUUGGUCGAGCCGCCGUCGCCGCAAUACAGAUCGGCGUACUUGCACAUGUACGCCGCCCGCAACUCUCGAGGUUUUCAAGAAUUACUGGCCAACGAGCUCCAAGCACAGUAUGCGCACGCUUGA